AUGCAGAUCUCACACAAACGUGUCGCCAAUCAGUUCAGAGAGUUGCAUGAGAUACUCAUGAGGGAGGAGCGGAGAGCCAAGGAGAAACUCGAUGAAGAGCUCGACAGGACAACAACAUCAAUCAACAACAUCAUCAGUGAGAUUGGCAAUCUCACUGCACGCGCUACCCAUAACAACAAUGUGAACGAUGGUGAAGGUAGCGUUGGCGAUGUAGAUGACAGGAUGAAUCAGUUGGUUCAAUCGAUUCAAACAUCAAAGUCAAUGGAUCAAUUCAUCGACAAGCAGUUCAAUCCAUUCGACGAUGGUGUCACGUUUGGAGAUGAUCAACUGUUGGACUUUGUUCGAAGAGGAUCACAAGCCACUCAGACUGAUCAUUAUUUCGACAUAACAAUACGACUAAAUUCUAAUUCAUACUUAUUGGAGAGAGGCAUCAAGGAGCAGAUUGAUAAAUAUUCUUAUCAUGAAGAACCAACAAUGAUUGAUCAUGGCUUCAGGAAUCACAUCUUCUCACUGUGGAAGGACUCAUGUUCGAUGCUCUCAUUGGACACUGGUGAGUGGACUGUGAUCGAUGACAAGUGCACACCAAGAGAGCGCAUAUUCAGAUCAGUUGUUGGCACAAUGACCUUGAGAUCAUCGGUGUCGAUGGAGGUGCGAGCAUAUCAACAUGCUUCGAUGGUGACAGUCUCAUCUAUUUGGUCGGUGGAUUCCACAAUGACGAACUAUUGGACCGAAUUGAUUGUUUCAACAUUGACACUCAAAGUAGUGGAUUCACUAAUCGAUCUGCGAGCCAACCUGUUAGUCGUGUUGUAUAUCUUCCAUCGAGCAAACCUACCAGCCAACCAACGUGUCGAGUGGUGUACCCUACCAACAGCUUACUUGUUGAGUGUCAAGGAGAUUGUGUGCGAAUAG